UAUGGUCCAUAUGGUAUUCUAAAUGUAUGACUUUUUUUCUUGUAAAUAUUAUAAUAUUACCUUUUCCCAAGGGCAAAAGUCACAUGAGAGUAAUUUUAUGACUUUAUUCUCAUAUAUUUUUAACUUUAUUCUCAAAAUCUCAUAGAAUUUUUUUCAAUGUGGACCUACUACUCAGCCAUAGUCCCCUAAUGGUGGUCCUAAUUUUCCGCACAGAAAGCUUUCUAGAUCUUCCAGAAUCUGUACCCAUUCCCUUUUUUUUGUAAUGGGUAUUUGGUAUUUCUUUGGUAUUUCUUUGGAUUUUGUGAUUUCAAUCUGUUUUCAUUUAUUCCACCCACGGCCCGCCUCCAGGCACGUCCACUCCGCUGUGGUUGGUCACAUUCCUGCUCAGAAGUGUGCUCGCUCUUCUGCCGAUAGCUGCCCAACCCAACUCUAUAGGAGUUGAUCAUAAACGGCCAUUCAUCUUUUUAAAAUGUCCGUGUUUAAGAUACUGCUAGUAUGUAUAUGUGUCCCAAAUCCGAUCCGGAAGUGAAGAAGUGUCUCAAGAAAAGAGGUUACUUCAAGACAUCUCCCAAUGGUAAGUUGCUUCAGCAUUAGGUUUUCUAUAGCAUCGGUAACACAUAAUGUGGUCAUUACACGUUUGUUGCGGGACUUCCAGUGUUUUAAGAACUCUGGUAGACCCCACUGAUUGUGGAGCAACUCCAAACUCAACACACUUGUCAUUUGCACCCUGCUCCCUGCAUGCACACUCUAUAAUGCUACACAGACAACCGCAUUGGGUCCAUGACUUACACAAAAUAAACACAAGACACAACUGUUUAAUUGUUACUUACUGCUUGCUCUUCUGACUCACAUGACCAAGUCAUGUUGGAAAGACGUGAGGCUACAGCAGGCUUUGGCUAGUCCAGCUGCAUACUGGCCCAUGUUCACAAAACAGUCCAGUGUGAAAUGCCAUUGACAGUUUCAAAUAAUUUUCUUUUGCUGGUAGGGAAUGAGGAACUCCAAUCACUUCUGCCUGAUUUCUUUGUUAGCAAUUGUAAACACAUGUAGCUUUCCCUUAUACCAGAAGAAACACUUCCUGGGAGACAUUGCCAACAUCGUUAACAAAGAAGCAAAGCUUAGGGCAGGGUGGGGGGAGCAGAGUUUGGGGGAUAUUUGGCCUACAGUGCAUGCCCAUAUGAGGAAGCCUGCCCAUGCGUGAAUCCUCACAAAUCACCAGUAUGAGAACGCCCUCUGACACCGAGCAUUCAGAGCCAUCCCAAACUUCUUUCAGGGCUCACUUCCAAAUGUGCAAAGCUCAUUAUCUGAAACGUUGGCAUGGUUUAACAUGAGAAUACAACAUUUGUAGGUCAGGAAAGUGGAAAAAGCAUCAUAGGCCCCUUUUUAAAAUGCUCUGUGUUCUUGCUCUGCUGCCUGUUUCCUGUCCACACUCAUCUGAUUACUCAUCUGGCCUUCUUUAGCACAGCAGCAGGACUCAGUCGUUGCCAGAUUGUCCCUCAUGUUCACACAUGCUUCUGACACGCUCAGCUCAGCUUGGUUUUGUGUUGCAUACCUGCUUUCCAGCUUUGUUUCUGACUUGCAUACUAAUUAUUUCAUUCCCACUUGGCUUACUCAGUGGCAUUCUGAUUUGCUACGUUUACUUUUUCCUGCUUGGCUUUUCAAGCAGUAUUUUUUGUUCACCAGCCUGGAUGUCAAUUUCUUCUCCUCAGUCAUCCAUUGUGGCCUUUCCUUGGCUUUAUCAACCAAUCAGAGGAUGGAAAAAGUUUUUCCUUUCAUUCAUCAUGUACAGUAUAUGUAUUUAUAUGCAGUUUAGAUUAUUUUCAGAAAACCUUCGAGGAAAAAUUGUUUCACAUAGGUUACACUUCAGUGAGAGUCAAACCUUGUGGAAUUCAUUCGUCAUGCGAACAAAGGUUCCACUAUAGUCAUAUAAAGACAUAUUAAACAUUAAUGUUGGGGAACUCACAUUCUCUUGUACCAAAAUGACACAUUCACCAUUUCAAGGUUACACAUUUAAAGCUGUUUUCAUCAAUUGACUCCAGUCCAAUGUGCAGAGUACUUCAGACAUUUUCAGGUUACAGUCCGGUCACACUCUUCAGGAUUUUGCUCCAGGAGCAGACGCUGAUCCCUUCAAGACCCACUACUGAGCAAAAGUAUUGAUAUGACUGAUAAUCUUGAAAAAAAUAUACAAAUUCUGACUUCCAAUGAUGCAUGACUGAGCUAGUCUUUGUCUUUCCUGUCACAUAUAUCAUGUUGUCGCUGUCACCUCAUCCACAGCCCAGCAUGGUUCAGAAGGUGGCUGUGAUUGGUGCCGGGCUUUCAGGUCUGACCAGCAUCAAGGCCUGUUUGGAAGAAGGUCUGGACCCUACCUGCUUUGAGAGCAGCCAUGACAUUGGUGGCCUAUGGAGGUUUAAGGAGGAGCCAGAGCCAGGGCGAGCCAACAUCUACCAGUCAGUGGUCAUCAACAGUUCCAAAGAGAUGAUGGCCUUCAGCGACUUCCCUCCUCCUGCCCACUUCCCAAACAACAUGCAUCACUCUGAGGUGAUGCUCUACCUGAGACUCUAUGCUCAGACCUUCAGGCUGCUGCAGCACAUCCGCUUGCAGACUGCUGUGGUCAGCGUGAGGCAGACUCCAGAUUUUGCCACCACUGGUCAGUGGGAGGUGGAGACCGAGAAACGUGACGGUCCGAGGCAGACUCACAUUUUUGAUGCUGUCAUGGUUUGCACAGGACACUAUACCACGCCUCACCUGCCGCUCAAAGACUUCCCAGGAAUAGAGAGCUUUGAAGGCAAGUAUUUCCACAGCUGGGAGUACCGCAGCUCCGAGGGUCUGCAGGGGAAACGGGUGGUGGUGAUCGGGAUCGGGAACUCAGGAGGUGACAUCGCUGUGGAUGUCAGCAGAGUGGCUGAGAAGGUAUUCCUUAGCACUAGGAGUGGAGCAUGGGUUGUGGGCCGCGUGGGCCUCGGCGGCAUGCCACAGGACCUUUUCGGAAACUCUCGGAUGGAUGUGAUGAAAAGGAGGCUCUUUCCGACGUGGAUCAACUGGAUGACUGAGAAGAAGCUCAAUCAAACAUUCGAUCACACACUCUAUGGACUGAGACCAAAACACAGCUUCUUUUCCCAGGUCGCUGUCGUGAACGACGACCUGCCAGCUCGUAUCAUCGCAGGUCGUGUACAGAUGAAGCCAAACGUGAAAAGUUUCUCCAUUUCCGCCGUGCUCUUUGAUGAUGGGAGCGUUGUAGACAAGGUAGAUGUGGUGGUGUUUGCCACAGGCUACGACUACAACUUCCCCUUCCUGCCUGAAAGUCUCCAAAACAAACGUGGCUGCAGACAUCAUCUCUACAGGCACGUGUUUGCACAAGGCCUUGCCCCGCCAACGCUGGCGGUGGUGGGCUUGAUUGAUGGUAAUGGUGCCGUUAACCUACUGUCUGAAAUGCAGGCUCGCUGGAGCACAAGGGUCUUUAAAGGUUUAAUAAGCCUUCCCUCAGAGGAGACCAUGAUAGAGGACCUUGACAAAGAAAUGGCAACCAUGCGUCAAAACUUUACCAAUGCAGACAAGAACCCGCUCCAGGUGGACGUCAUCCCUUACCGGGACUCACUAGCCAAGCAGGUGGGGGCUUUACCAAACCUUUGGUGGCUCCUCCUGACGGACCCGAGGCUGGCAUUCCACAUAUUCCUGGGCCCGUGUACUUCUUACCAGUACCGCCUGACGGGGCCAGGAAAGUGGGACGGAGCCCGACAGGCCAUUCUCACUCAGUGGGAGCGUGUCUUUCAGCCUUUUCAGACCCGAAAAGCAUCACCAGAGCGCAAAAGCAGAUGUUCUCCUCAAGGACUUGGCAUCAUCAUGGUGGUUUUCUCAGGCGCUGCUCUGUUGACCUGCUGCUUCUAUAAGAAACAUCAUCUUUCUUCUCAUUGGUCUUGAUGUGAAUUUAACUGUUUUAAAAGCAGUUUUUGUUUAGCAAAUUGUUACUUUUAAUUAUGUUUUAAUUGAUAUUUUGAAUUAAUAGUAUGGCGGCACAGCGGUCCAGUGGUUAGUGCACAGACCUCACAGCUAGGAGACCAGGGUUCAAUUCCCACCCUCGGCCAUCUCUGUGUGCAUGCGUGGGUUUUCUCCGGGUACUCCGGUUUCCUCCCACAUUCCAAAAACAUGCUAGGUUAAUUGGCCCCUCCAAAUUGUCCAUAGGUAUGAAUGUGAGUGUGAAUGGUUGUUUGUCUAUAUGUGCCCUGUGAUUGGCAGGGUGUACCCCGCCUCUCGCACCCCCGCGACCCUUGUGAGGAAAAGCGGUAGAAAAUGAAUGAAUGAAUGAAUUAAUAGUACCUUGUCAUAAGGCUAUUUUGUCAAAUCCAGUGUUUGAACCCCUUUACAAGAAACCCUGAGCAUUUGCCUAACGGUGUACCUGUGUACA